GCGGAGCGCGCAGGUAAAGGGUUACGCGCGCCGGGGAGGGUCGCCUGCGGGCCGCGCCACGUGACGCGCCGGCCCAAUGACCGCACCCGGGCGGCCGCUCCGAGCGCUGCGGGCUGCGGGCGGCGCAGAGUCCCUCGCGGUUUUCGGCGCGGCUGCCCGAGGCCGGCGAAGCCAUGGGCGCCGCGACCGCACCGCCGCCGCCGCCGCCGCCGCCCGGCCCCAGGAAGAGAAGUUAAACUUAUAGAGAACACUAAUGGACAAUCAGCACAACAGAUGGUAACAAACAAUAAUCCAGAUGGGGUGCAGGUGCUGUAAAAUGAUUCAAAGCUAUAUCUUUGAUCCAGUUCAAGUGCCCUCCCCUGGCUAUGUCAACGAAGUAAGCACUUGCAAGUUAGAGGAAGAUGAUGCUGUCAAACUAAAAGGCAAGCAGAGCAGUGAUGUCCUGGUGCAUAAAAACGCCCUUCAGAAUGAGGGCUUGGAGAGAGCCGAGAGCAGAAGCAGGACAGCCAGUCCGCAGGUGCCUUGCUGGCCUCAGGGGGACGGAGGGGCGCCCCGCACGGAGGAGACUGAAGGUGCCGUUGAUGGCAUUGCCCCUGCUGCUGCUUCGCAGCCCACCGGGAAUCCCAGGCCCCACCGGGAUGACAGGGGCCCGUUGGCCAGUUCUGCAAACGAUGUUCACCCGACGCAACCCUUCCCCGAUGGAGAGGGUGCUAGGAAACUGGAUUAUGCACUGCCGGCUUCCAAAGAGACCUCAGUCAUCCAGGAUGGAGACUUCAGGGUUCCUUCCGAGGACAAAAGCCAUGCCGCAGAAGUACAAGACCAUAUCAUACAGAUCCCAGCCCCAGAUUACCCUCAACUCUGGGGCUCAGUAGUAGACAGUGUUGCUCAUGAAGAAAGGGAUUGUCUUUUCCAGAACCACGCUGGGGAUGAACCCCUGGAGAGCAUUCACCCCAGGGCAGGGGAGCAUGACUGGAGAAGCUGGGAUUCAUUAAACGAGGCGGUGACAACAGAGGUGUUAAGUGUCUACUUUAAGGAGAUGGGUCCUGCUCAUGCUGCACCUGUGGGUGAUACAAAAAAUGAGCAGGAGGACUCCCGGGGCUCCCUCGGAGGCCGGGAUGGAGGGGCGGUGGACGAGGACGCCGCAGUGGCGGAAGCCCUUGCGGCGUUAGAAGCUGCUACUGCGGGAGAAGAUGUCGAUGAGGCGUGUUAGGGGAGGGGGUUUGUGCAGGAAGUAAGCUACUGUCUGGACAUCGCUGAGCGUGUAGGGAGGCGUUUGCUCCUUAGACCCAGGGCUGACAUUCCGCCAGCGUGCACCCGGACAGCCUGACCAGUGUUUACACGCAUCCUCUCUUACGACUGCCGGUAUCUGUGCCAUACUGCUUCUUAGAUACUUGGCGCAUCACUCUGUUUAGACGGGCGAUCAUUCAGGACACUAGAAUAGAAAAUCAGAUUGGCCAUUGCGCCCAUGUCCACAGCAGAUCUAGAAAUUAAACUACCUGCUUGCCAACCCUCCAAGCUCCCGAGAAUAUCUAGUAAAGAUGUCCAUGAGAAUGCUCUGAGAUCCAGACCCUUAAUCCCAAGAGCACAGAGUCGCGGAGUGUGCUGUUUGACUGUAAAUUCCUUACCUUGUUUUGGGAGCCAAAUGUCGGCCCCUCCCUGGAACAGGUAACUACCCCAGUGAAAGUGCCUAAUGUGUUCCCAGAGUAUGGCUUAUCUUCAGGGACAAUCACCCAGGGAACUAAUAACUAAUCAUUUGUUUGACAGUGAGUUAAGCUCAGUGGCUUUCAGGGUGGAGCAGAAGUCACCAGUAAACAUAUGGUUAGUCAUUAGCUGUGAUAUUAAGACACCUUGACCUUAACACUUUUUUUACGUUACUACCUUUUAAUCUCCUUUGGGAUUGAGGAGGCUGGCCAAAAUAAUUCUUAAAACUGCUUGUGUCAUAUUUGGGUUUUACGUUCAUGAGGUUUGGAAUAGCAAAGUGAUCUAUGGAGUGUUCCAUGCCAUUAAAUGUUGAGU